GCACUAGUGUCUCUCUUUUUAUCCUCAGUGUGUAAUGAGUGUGCGGCUCGUACCCGGUGGAGUGCUGAGAUGGGAAAACCCGCAUUUGCAGCAUUGCUUCAUAUAAGCUGAAGGAAAAAAAAAAAACACAGAAAAAAGGAAAAGAAAGAAAACGCGUCGCUCGGUGUUUAGCGUCCUUUUCCUCGGUCGGACUUGCAGCUCGGAGGAACAUAGCCAUGGCUAAGACAGUGGCAGGCAGCGCUAAUGAUGUCAAACGCUUCCUCUCCAUGGAUGCAGGGCCGAGCUCACCCACAUCUGUAUUCCCUGCCUCCAGCCAAGCUGAUUGGGCAGCCAAGAGAUUGGUUUGGGUUCCUUCUGAGAAACAUGGGUUUGAGUCUGCGAGUGUGCGUGAGGAGCGAGGCGAUGAGGUGGAGGUUGAACUAACGGAUAGUGGCCGUAAAUUAACGUUACUGCGGGAGGAGCUUCAGCGGAUGAACCCUCCUCGCUUCAGUAAAGUGGAGGACAUGGCUGACCUCACCUGCCUAAACGAGGCCUCCGUGCUGCACAACCUGAGAGAUCGCUAUUACUCAGGACUGAUUUACACAUACUCAGGCCUCUUUUGUGUGGUCAUAAACCCAUACAAGAAUCUGCCCAUCUACACAGAGUCCAUUGUCGAGAUGUAUCGUGGGAAAAAACGUCACGAGAUGCCACCACACAUCUAUGCCAUAUCAGAGGCAGCAUACAGGAGCAUGUUGCAAGACAGAGAAGAUCAGGCCAUUCUUUGCACAGGGGAGUCGGGAGCAGGGAAGACAGAAAAUACUAAGAAGGUGAUUCAGUACCUGGCACAUGUGGCAUCAUCUCAUAAAAGUGGAACUCUUGGCCGUAGCAAAGACAGCAGUCUGCAGAUGGAUGGUACACGUUCUCUGGGUCGUGGCAGUAGUACUGUGAACAGGAGUGUGCAGUAUGGGGAGCUAGAGAGACAGCUGCUGCAGGCCAAUCCUAUUCUAGAGGCCUUUGGCAAUGCCAAGACAGUCAAAAAUGAUAAUUCUUCUAGAUUUGGUAAAUUUAUCCGUAUUAAUUUUGAUGUGGCUGGAUACAUAGUUGGUGCCAACAUUGAGACCUACCUUUUGGAGAAGUCUCGAGCUAUCCGUCAAGCCAAAGAUGAGAGAACUUUCCACAUAUUUUACCAACUACUCUGUGGAGCCUCUGAGGCCAUGAAAACGGAGCUGCUCCUGGGCACUGCAGACCAGUAUCGCUUCCUGUGUGGUGGUUCAGUUCCUGUUCCUGGUCAGAGUGACUCAGAGAACUUUACUCAGACCAUGGACUCAAUGAGCAUCAUGGGUUUUACACAAGAGGAGUGCACAUCCAUGUUGAAGGUGAUCUCUGCCGUGCUGCAGUUCGGUAACAUCACCUUUCAGAAGGAGAAGAAUACAGACCAGGCAUCUAUGCCUGACGAUACAGCUGCACAGAAACUGUCCCACCUGCUGGGCAUCAGUGUGCUGGAGUUCAGUCGAGCAAUCCUCACUCCCCGCAUUAAAGUCAGUCGGGAGUAUGUGCAGAAGGCACAGACCAAGGAGCAGGCAGACUUUGCGGUGGAAGCUCUGGCGAAGGCCACCUAUGAGCGCCUGUUCCGCUGGCUUGUGCACCGCAUCAACCGAGCUUUGGACCGAAGACAGAGACAAGGAGCCUCUUUUAUUGGCAUCUUGGACAUCGCUGGAUUUGAGAUCUUUCAGCUGAACUCCUUUGAGCAGUUGUGCAUAAAUUACACAAAUGAAAAGCUGCAGCAGCUUUUUAACCACACCAUGUUUGUGCUGGAGCAAGAGGAGUACCAGCGUGAAGGCAUAGAGUGGAACUUUAUCGAUUUCGGACUCGACCUGCAGCCCUGCAUUGACCUCAUUGAAAGACCGGCUCAUCCACCUGGCGUGCUAGCACUGUUAGAUGAAGAAUGUUGGUUUCCACGGGCAACAGAUCGAUCAUUUGUGGAUAAACUGUCGGCUGAGCAAGGAACGCAUCCCAAGUUCUUUAGGCCACGACAGCUCCGUGAAGAGGCCGACUUCUCUAUCAUCCAUUAUGCUGGCAAGGUUAACUAUAAGGCUGACGAGUGGUUAGUGAAGAACAUGGAUCCUUUGAAUGAUAAUGUAGCAUCUCUCCUACACCAGUCAUCUGACCACUUCAUAUCAGAGCUCUGGAGAGAGGAUAUUCAGACACUUCCUCGUGUCUACUUUUUUGACUCAUAUGCUUCCAUGCAGACCAAUGGCUCUGACAGCAUGGAGAGGAUUGUAGGAUUGGACCAAGUAGCUUCUGGAGGUCUGGCGGAGAACAGUGGUCCAGUGACGUUUGGAGCCGCAGGGCUAAAGACGAAGAAGGGAAUGUUCCGAACUGUUGGACAGCUAUACAAAGAAUCACUGACCAAACUGAUGGCCACACUGCGCAACACCAACCCCAACUUCCUGCGGUGCAUAAUCCCCAAUCAUGAAAAGAGGGCCGGGAAGUUGACCCCUCAUCUGGUCCUGGAUCAACUUAGAUGCAAUGGCGUGCUAGAGGGGAUCAGAAUCUGCAGGCAGGGCUUCCCUAACCGUAUUCCCUUCCAAGAGUUCAGACAAAGAUAUGAGAUUCUGACUCCCAAUGCUAUACCUCGUACAUUCAUGGAUGGAAAACAGGCCUCUGAGCUUAUGAUCAGGGCUCUGGAGCUGGAUGGGAAUUUAUUCCGAGUGGGACAGAGUAAAGUUUUUUUCCGUGCUGGAGUGCUGGCACAUCUGGAGGAGGAGAGAGAUCUGAAAAUCACUGACACCAUCAUUCGAUUCCAAAGUGCUGCACGUGGAUACAUUGCUAGAAGAGCUUUCCAGAAGAAGCAACAGCAGUUAAGUGCAUUGCGAGUGAUGCAAAGAAACUGUGCUGCCUACCUGAAGCUACGCAACUGGCAGUGGUGGAGACUCUUCACUAAGGUGAAGCCGCUCUUGCAAGUGACUCGACAGGAUGAGGAAAUUCAGGCUCGAGAGGCUCAGCUUCAGAAAGCUAAAGAUAACCUGAACAAAGUGGAGCAUGACUAUGAAGAACUGGAAAGGAAACACCAGCAGCUUUUGGAAGAGAAGGCGGUCCUUACAGACCAGCUUCAGGCAGAGGCAGAGUUAUUUGCUGAGGCUGAGGAGAUGAGAGCACGACUGGCCAGCCGUAAGCAGGAGUUAGAGGAGGUUCUAGGGGAACUUGAGGGCCGAUUGGAGGAAGAGGAAGAGAGGGGUGCCCAGCUAGCCAAUGAGAAAAAACGAAUUCAGCAACAUGUACAGGAUUUAGAAGAGCAGUUGGAGGAGGAGGAAGGGGCGAGGCAGCGGCUCCUCCUGGAGAAAGUUACUCUAGAAACCAAAGUUAAAAGUCUGGAGAAUGAGAUCAUGACUGCAGGAGAACAGAGAGACAGACUGAGCAAGGAAAAAAAGCAGUUGGAGGAAAGGCUAAAUGAGGUUGCUGACCAGGUGACUGAAGAGGAGGAGAAAGUGAAGAGUCUCAACAAGCUCAAAAACAAACAAGAAGCUGUUAUCGCUGACCUGGAAGAGCGCCUGAAGCGGGAAGAGCAGGGUCGUCUCGAGCAGGAGAAGUGGAGGAGGCGCAUGGAGGGCGAGGCAGCUGAAGCCCAGGAGCAGCUCUCUGAAAUGGGGCUGGUUGUUACAGAGCUCAGAGGCAGCCUGGCUAAUAGAGAGAAAGAGAUAACUACACUACAGACCCGGUUGGAGGAGGAAGGAGCUCGACGUGUGGAGGCACAGCGGGCUCUGAGGGAGGCCAUGUCUCAAGUAUCUGAGCUGAAGGAAGAGGUAGAUAAUGAACGAGGCAUGAGAGAGAGAGCCGAGAAGCAGAGGAGGGAUCUUGGUGAGGAGUUAGAGGCGCUGAGGACAGAACUGGAGGAUACAUUGGACACUACUGCUGCCCAGCAGGAGCUCAGGUCUCGGCGUGAGGCUGAGUUGGGGGAACUCCAGAGAAUGGUUGAAGAGGACACACGGCGUCAUGAAGCCCAGCUCUCAGAGAUGCGAGUAAAACACAGUGCAGCCAUUGACUCCCUGCAGGAGCAGCUGGACAAUGCUAAGAGAUCACGUCAGUCUCUGGAGAAGGCGAAGGCUGUACUGGAGGAGGAGCGCGGGAACCUGACAGCUGAGCUAAAGACCCUGCAAGGAGGCAAGAUGGAGAGCGAGAGAGCAAGGAAGAGAGCUGAGGGGCAGUUGCAAGAGCUUACAGCUCGCCUGGCCCAGGCAGAGAGAGAGAGAGUGGAGAGAGAGGACAGGCUCCACAAACUUCAGAUGGAGAUCGACUCUCUGUCCAGUUCUCUGUCUACAUCAGACUCCAAAUCCCAUCGUUUGAGCAAAGAGGUCAGCAGUCUAGAGAGCCAACUACAUGAUGCUCAGGAACUGCUGCAGGAUGAAACGCGGCAGAAACUGGCACUUGGAUCCCGUGUGCGAGCUCUGGAGGAUGAGAAAGCAGCUCUAACAGAGAGGGUGGAGGAGGAGGAAGGAAAAACCAGAGAACUCACACGCCAGAUCCAAACUUACAUUCAGCAGCUUGCCGAUCUUAAGAAGCAGUCAGAAGAAGUUAAUGCAGCAGUGGAAGCAGGUGAGGAGAGCAGGAGAAAAUUACAGAGGGAGCUAGAGAGUGCCAUGCAAAGAGAGAGAGCCAAGGAAGAGGAGAAAGAGAGAGUGGAACGCCAGAAGGAGCGUCUAAGAGAGGAAAUAGAAGACAUGACCAUUGCCUUGCAAAGAGAGAGGCAGAACUGCACUGCUUUGGAGAAAAGACAGAAGAAAUUUGAUCAGUGUCUAGCAGAGGAGAAGGCAGUAAGUGCACGACUGGCUGAGGAGCGAGACCGAGCAGAAGCUGAGAGCCGAGAGAAAGAGACUCGAUUCCUGGCUCUAUCUCGAGCUUUACAGGAAGCAUCAGAGCAGCGCGACGAGCUUGAGAGAACCAAUAAACAGCUUCGCCUUGACAUGGAGCAGCUUGUCAAUGCCCAGGAUGAUGUGGGCAAGAACGUGCAUGAACUGGAGCGUUCUCGGCAUGCUCUAGAGGUGGAGGCACAGUCACUGAGAGAGCAGACACAGGAGCUCGAAGAGGAGCUGUCUGAGGCAGAGAACUCGCGGCUCCGGCUCGAGGUCACACUACAGGCGCUCCGAGCCCAGUUUGAGCGUGAGAUCAGUGCGAAAGAAGAGAAAGGCGAGGAGAAAAGACGGGCCCUUAACAAACAGGUGCGUGAGUUAGAAACUCUGUUAGAAGAAGAGAAGAGUCAGAGGGCUCAAGCGCUGUCCAUCAAGAAGCAGAUGGAGGCAGAGCUCCAGGAGGCUGAGGCUCAGGUGGAGGCAGCUGCUCGUGGCCGAGAGGAGGCUCUUAGGCAGAUAAAACGACUCCAGACUCAGAUGAAGGAGGUUUUGCGGGAGUUGGAUGAGACCAAGAUAGCUCGAGAUGAGAUUAUUGUUCAGUCAAAAGACAGCGAGAAGCGCCUGCAGACUCUAGAGGCAGAGCUGCUGCAGUUGACAGAGGAACUGUCUGUGUCUGAGAGAUUAAGAAGACAAGCUCAGCAGGAGCGAGACGAGCUGUCUGAAGAGAUUCUCAACACUGCUAGCGGGAAGACCGCUCUCUGUGAUGAAAAGAGACGUCUGGAGAUGAGGAUUAGCCAGCUGGAGGAAGAUUUAGAGGAGGAGCAGAGCAAUGCUGAGCUCAUAGCUGAGAGGCACAGAAAAACCAUGUUGCAGGUGGAGACUCUGACAGUGCAGCUGACAGGGGAGAGGACAUUGGUGCAGAAGAGUGAGGGAGCACGAGAGAGUCUUGAAAGGCAGAAUAAGGAGUUAAAGUCCAGGCUGACAGAACUUGAAGGAGCUGUGAGAGGCAAACAUCGUGUCAGUGUUGCUGCUCUGGAGUCAAAAAUUGAAAACAUGGAGGAACAGCUGGAACAGGAAAGACAGGAGCGUGCAAUGGCCAAUAAGCUGGUAAGAAAAACGGAGAAGAAGCUUAAGGAAGUGGUUAUGCAGGUGGAGGAUGAGAGGAGACAUGCAGACCAGUACAGAGAACAGCUGGACAAGUCAAUGGGGCGUCUGCGACAGCUGAAGAGGCAGCUGGAAGAGGUGGAGGAAGAGAAUUCACGCACAAACGCCCAACGCAGAAAACUGCAGCGAGAGCUCGAGGAAAUGGGAGACAGCAUGCAGAGCAUGACACGAGAACUUAACACUUUGCGCUCCCAACUCAGACGUGGUCCUCUCCCUCUCUCUGUACGCGGAGGUCGGAGAGCGCUGGUUGAUGACCUCUCACAGGAGAACUCUGACUGUGAAGAGCCUCCUGCUUCACCAACGCCCUCUAGUGGCCUUCCAGGAACCCCUGUGUCCUCCGAUAGUGCCCUGGGUCCACCUCCCCCAUAUAGUCUCACAGAUUCGAGUGAGCAGAAGGAGGAAUGAUGGGCAGGUGAACAAUAGACGUAGUAGACGAACAGACUAUAUACUGGCAUAGCGCACACUGUAUUGAUGAUACCUCUGCAGCCAAGGUGGGAUUUAUUAUAUUGAAGAUGAGCAUUUACAGAGGAAAUAAUGCUAAUACUACUGAAUUCAGUUAUAUACUGAUAUCAAUUAAGUGGAAAUCCAGCUACUUUUCCUAAAGUUCCAAGGAAGAAUAGCAUUAAAGUAUAUCAGAGAAGCCACAUUUCAGUGCGAUGUAUGUCUGGCUUAUUGUGGCUUCACAUAAUUUCUCAUGCACUCUUACAAUUCAGAAUUUUCAGAUGAGUUUAGCGUGAGAUGUGUGAGUUAAGAUAGCUGCACAAACCCUAUGCGCUUUUUUCCGGUCAACCAUAAGCCAUGUAUUUAAGGGCAAUCUAUGUUUAUGAUGGCAAUCAAAAAAGAAAAAGAAAAAAAAACAACAACCAGACAUUCUUUAAAUGCAAAACUAUGAUAAGACAAACUCUCAUUGGCUGUGCUUGCAUGAACAGUUAAACUGCAGUAUUACUUUCAGGCUUUCUCUCUCUCACUUUACCUGAAAUUAAUAUUAGGAAUUGGAAAUGCCUUUGAUAUCAGUUGAUGUUUCAAUUUCAAAUUUCAAUUGUAAACUUUUUUUUUUUUAAUCUAAUGUGAUUUGGUAAAGUUGAUGUUAAUUAAAAAAUUAAUUUAGUAUAAACAAGAAAGUGACAGAGAGAAAAUGAUUUACUGUGAAAUAUCUACAAAUUUGAGCCAGGCAUGCUAGCUUUGACAUUUUUGGUAUAAACACAGGAAGAGAAAAAAAAUGAUCAUGCAAAUUUACAACCCAAAACCAGAAUCAUGUAGAACAAAAUAUUAAACAUUUGAAAACAGUAAAUAAGAAAAACACGUUUAUGAAUUCACUUUGAUAGUAUUAAUUAAUAUUAGUGGUAGAAGUAAUAAUUCAGUGGUAGUUCCCAUUGGCUCAGCUGGUACUAGAAAUGUUAAACACUUUCAAAAUGUUUUACAAGGAUCACAAUCAGAUUCAUUUUAAGAACUGUUUUCCAAUAUGAAAUCAUGUUAGAUUAUCAUCAUAGGUUAUAUUCAGCACAUCUGGGUAGCAAGGCUUUUUUUACAUCCUGUUUUUAAUUAUCAAACAUUGACCUUGUGAUUUUAGACAGUCAGGACUGACGUGAGUUCUCGUGUUAUGUAGAGUGUGAGCAGUUAAAUAAGAUUUUUACAUCACGUCACUCCCAGUUCAGUAUGCUUAAGAUUUGUCAGUCUCUCUAUUCUCAUUAUCCAGGUUAUUUAUUCCUGUUUUGAAUGUCAUGUUGCUUUUACUUUGCAGUGUUACAUCAAAUGCAGACAGAGAUCCUGAGGGAGAACACUGUGUACAGUAAAAUUUGGUGCAUUCUCAAAACAAAUACACUAAAUCUAAAGUCGUUGUUAAAAAUAAAAAUAAAAAGACAUUGCAGAUUGAAAAAACAAACUAAUUGCCAUCCUGUGCACUAUGCCGGGUUUAAAAUAUCUUUUUGAUAUCAAUAUGACACUUCAUGAGAAAGGCAAGAUAUUUAUUAGGCUAAAUGUUUGACCUAAUUGAUGGCAAAAAAGGGAUAUUAGCAUACGUAGUGAGAUAGGUAGGUGAAUAGGUAGAACAUACUAGUAAUUUAAAAUGAAGCCCAGUGGCAGUUUCCACACCAAGGACCUGAUACUUUCCCAGAAUUUCAUCCUAAUAUAUUGCCUGCACCAAGGAUGAGAUAUUGCACGUUAGAUCACAUUUCAAUGAAGUUUCUAGUAGCUGUUUGGUGAAAGUGAGGGUUUAAAAAGGUUUUUAGGCAGAGCUCUUUUUGUGAGAAAAGAUGGUAUUUCCAUGACAGCCUUAUAUAUUAAAUAGUUUUUCCUGAUCAUUUCUAUGUGUUUUAAUGUCACAGUACAGUUAGUAACUUUAACAAUGAAGUGCAUUAAACCACACAGAGACUCUAAAACUCUGCUGAAAGUCUUCUUUAAGAGGUCUGUAGGCCAAAGAUGAGAACUUUCCAUUAGCGUAACGUCUGGUAUGUUCACCUCAAAUUGAAAAGCUGCUCUUGUAUUUCUUAGUUCUGUUUUAUACAUUUCUGACCAUUGCUUUCCUUAUGUGAAUGUCAGCUAAUCGAAAUAAAAAUGCUAGGACACUUUUACAGAAAUUAGUUGUUACAUGUGCUUAAAUGGCAUUCAUAUUUUUCACAAAAAAAGGAUUUAGAUUUAGGACCAAACAAUCCACUAUAGUCUUGUACCUUUAAUUUAUUAGACAUACUGUAUGUUGUGAAAAUAAAGCUGUAGUUAGGUGGGCUUCUGUGGCCACCUGCUCUGUGUUGUUUGCUAAAGCUGUUUCUUUGUGCAAUAACAGUAAUAUAGAUGCACUGGUGCUGUAAAGGCUGGUGAACUACAGGUACAACAUGUUUACCGGCACUACAUAUUGUUCAGGACCCACACUGGCAAACACGUUUAUCUGACACUGUUCACAGUAUAAUCUCAUCAGUAUUAUGGGUGAACAUUUCAUCUGAGAAAUCUACCUUCAUAAUAAAUGUUGUCAUAACCUAGCUAUGUGUUUUUGUCCCAGUUGAUUUAUUAUCGCUUUAUCGUUCUAAGGAUUUUUGGUUUUGCCUAUUUUAAUUAGAGAAUGAAAUGUCACUCUUGAACAGUACAUUUUCAGAAUGCUCUUGGUCCUCUCAUGUAUGUGAACCUUAAUAUUUAUUCUACAUGUAACAUUGAACCUACAUGCAGAAUUUCUUGUGUAUUUGGUAUUGGAAAUUCUAUCAUUAAAAACGAUUUCAUGCUUCA